GACCUCACCCGCCAACAUGGCGGCGGCGGUAGAUUAGGACCGCGGGUCGGAGCCGCCGCCGCCGCCGCCACCGCCACCGCCACCGCCACCGUGGGAUCCUGUGCGGAGCAGCCGCCGCCGCCGCCGCGUUUUCACCUCUUCGGGGGCACGGGCCUGGACCAGGUUUUACACAUCUGUAAGUAGACCUUUCCGGAGCUCUGCCAGCCGACCCCAUGGCGUCCUCUACUACUGUGCCUCUAGGAUUUCACUAUGAAACAAAGUAUGUUGUCCUCAGCUACUUGGGACUCCUCUCUCUGGAGAAGCUGCAGGAGCAACAUCUUUCUGCACCCCAAGGGGUUCAACAGGAUAUAGCUUCACAAUCUCUGGAUCAAGAAGUUUUAUUAAAAGUUAAAACUGAAAUUGAAGAAGAGCUAAAAUCCCUGGACAAAGAAAUUGCUGAAGCCUUCGCCAGCACAGGCUUCGACCGCCACACUUCGCCCGUGUUCAGCCCUGCAAACCCCGACAGCUCCAUAGAGGACUGCUUGGCUCACCUCGGGGAGAAGGCGUCGCAGGAGCUGAGGGCGCCUCUGCUCGGGGCCUUGCAGACGCUCCUCAGCCGGCCAGUGACGUAUCAGGCAUACCGGGAAUGUACACUGGAGACCACAGUUCAUGCCAGCGGCUGGAAUAAGGUUUUGGUGCCUCUGAUUUUGCUACGGCAAAUGCUUUUGGAGUUGACAAGACGUGGUCAGGAACCUUUGAGUGCAUUGCUGCAGUUUGGUGUGACUUUCCUGGAGGACCAUGCCGCCGAGGACAUCGUUCAGCAAGGUGGCUGGGGCGCUGUCUUUGCCCUGGAGCCGGAGGACGAGGAGCGCCCCGCGGGCGCCGCGGAGGACAGCAACGACAUCUACAUCCUGCCCAGUGGCGGCUCCACGCUCGCCAGCCCCCCGGAGUCUCCGACCACCGCCACGGCGUCCUGGCAGGCCGAGGGCUUCCCCGUGUCGCUGUCCAGCAGCCAGAGCUGGCGCACUGAGAGCCCACCGGUGUCCCUGGGUCCCGAGUCGUGGCAGCAGGUCACGGUGGACCCCGAAGAAGUCAAGAGCUUGGACAGCAACGGGGCCGGAGAGAAGAGUGAGAACAACUCCUCCAACUCUGACAUCGUGCACGUGGAGAAGGAGGAGAUUCCUGAGGGCGCGGAGGCGGCGGCCGCGGCGGCCCCUGCCCUGAUGGCGGCCGGGGAGCCUGGCCCCGAGGGGUCGGCCGUCCAGACAGCCAGUCCCACGACCUCUCUGUUCGUGGAACUUGCUGAAGAAGAGGCGGGAGCGGCCGCGUCUGAAGCUGCCAAACUGGAGCAGGAGGGGGUCCCGCCGCUAGAGCCCCCAGUGGAGCCCCCAGCAGCCCCGCCGGGCGGAGAGCAGGCGGCCCGCGGGCGUGGGGGGCUGGGGGCAGGGCCCUCCCCGGGCGGCCGCGAGAAAGCUGGCCCGCCGCCCGCGGGCAAGUCCCUCCUGCUCUUCGGAGGGGCGGCCGCCGCCGUGGCCAUCCUGGCGGUGGUAGUUGGGGUGGCACUAGCUCUGAGAAGGAAGUAGAUUUUUCGGAGAGAAGACAGAAAGGCGUAAGGGUUUAGUCGUGUCAGCUGGACUGGAGCGGCCAGGAGCUGGCUGGACAUCCCUUGGACACUCUGGGGUCAGGAGGACUUGGGUCCGCAGGGCAGGGGGCCGACCCAUGUGUUAGGGCUUGAGCUGGAGGCUGCACACGGUGGUCUGACUGGAGGUCCCGGGCCUGGGCGCCUGCUAGGUUCAGGGUCUUGUGUGUAAAGCGUCCCCCGCCUGGCGUCCACGGCCCCUGGGUAGCUCCCGGGCCUGGGGGCCUGUGCCCUGUGGGUGCGCAGCGCAGCCCACCCCCCCAGCCCCGGAGCGCCCUCCCUGGGGUGACAGCCCCACCCCAUGCGUCUCCCCGAGCUGCCAAACGCCCCCCGGGGAUAACGUCGUCCCGUGAGAGCCAGUCUCAGGGCGAGGGUCCCCGUGGGGGCGCCCGGGGUCUCUCAGCCCCUCUGGUCUUGCCGCCCUCAGUCCCGCAGCCCACGUGCUCUGCCGGGUCUCAGCCGCCUCUCAGGUACUGCCCUGCCCGCCUCGCCCCAGGGUGCCCCGAGGCCCCGUGCGGAGGGCUCGCCCGAUGCUUCCUGCAGUUCCCCUUGUAAACACGCUGCCUUUAGUCUUUAAACGUACAAGAGAAGAGACCCGGGGCCCCUGCCCGUGACCGCGGGGCAAGUUUGUCUCCGCAUUCGGAAGCCGGAGGGUGGCUUAGCUGGCCUAUCGAGGUUGCUUCCAGCCCUUCUGUCUGUGGGCACCCUUGAGCCGACAGGGACUCGCCGGCCGGCAGCGUCUCUCUUGCUGGGCAUCGCUGUCCAUGACCUGAACUAGUGUGAUUCCCAGGUUCUGGCCUCAGCCUCCUUCCCAGUCAGGCCGCUCCUCGGCCGUCUCUUGCCAGGUGAUAAGGGUUUCCACACGUGGGCUUACAGGCCAGUGAACCAUAACUCUCAUUCAGUACACAAAGUCUCCUAAAUAUCAUCGAAGUAAAAAGCAGGAAAGAGAGGCUGCCCUUGAGGUUCUAGCUCGGCUUUCAGAGUUCCAUAACGGAGGCUUACACUGAGCUCGUUACGGCCCAAAUGCCACAGUGACAAACCAUCAUGAUCACCGUCAGCACGUGCCCGUGGAGACUCAGCGUAGCCUCAUCCGCUGGCCGCACCCCUCACGGGGGACCGCGUCUCUUCAUGCCUGAGGUCAGUGUCACUGACAGGACACACGUGCUCGAGACAGGUCAUCUCAGAUUUAUCCUAGUAAAUGUAACAGGUUACUUUUUAAAUCCUGAAAUUUGUAAUAAAAUUACUUUACCUAUCCUGAUCACCAAAA